GUUGGAUGUGGCGCGCGUGCCCCGCGCUCAUUGCCUUGGAUCGGAGAGAGCGGCGGCAGCGGCGGCAGGGACUCGGCGGAGGUGCGGAAAAUCACCAUGGUUUGGAAGCGAAGAGUCGACUGGAUGUUCUCGGCAGCGCUGCUCGGUAUAAAAGUCCAUUAGGUCCAACACUGUGCCUCUGGUCUCAUUGCCCCACCGUCUGCCUGCAGCCCCUUUGAAGUAGGUGCAAAUGCCAAACACUUAAAACAGCACAGACGAGCCUGCUGCCUGUCACAGGGGAGUGAGAAAUCCAGAUUGCCAUGGGAAACCAACUGACAGAAAUUGCCCCCAACACACCAUUCCUGCCUAACUUCCAGUGUCUCCAUGUGGUGGUCAUCGGGCUGGACUCUGCUGGCAAGACGUCCCUUCUUUAUAGACUCAAGCUAAAGGAGUUCGUUAAGACCAUUCCGACCAAGGGCUUCAACACGGAGAAGAUCAAAGUGCCGGUGGGCAACGGCCGAGCCAUCACUUUCCAGGUGUGGGACGUGGGUGGUCAGGAUAAGCUACGGCCCUUGUGGAAGUCGUACACGCGGCGCACCGACGGCAUGGUCUUUGUGGUGGACUCCACUGAAGCCGAGCGUAUGGAGGAGGCUAAGGUGGAGCUGCAUAAAAUCACACGCACGUCAGAGAACCAGGGUGUGCCAGUACUAGUGUUGGCCAACAAACAGGAUCUUCCGGUUGCGCUGGCUGUCAGCGAGGUGGAGAAAGUUCUCUCUGUACACGAACUGAGCGCCAACACCCUUCACCAUGUGCAGGGCUGUAGUGCUGUGGAUGGACAAGGCCUUCAGCCAGGCCUGGAAAAACUGUAUGAGAUGAUCCUUAAAAGGAAAAAGAUGGUGAGGCACAGCAAGAAAAAGAGAUGAGCGUCUUCAGGGCCCUUUCACGACAUGGUUAUUUCACUUAACCUCCAUAAUGGACUCCGUGUUAUUGUAGGAUUUUUUUUGCCGGUGAAUCUCUGAACAAAGGAAUGGAUCCAGAUGGCCAUGGGGUCAGGAGAAAAUGAAUCUGACCUUUAUGUGUCACACAGUAUUGAACUGCUUUCUUCCAUACUUAGUAUUUGCUGUGCAGCUGCCCUUUGUGUCUGAGGAAUUUGUGAUAGAUCUGAUAGGAUGUAGUAUCAACAGGAUUUGAGCCUAUGGAAACCUAUGCCUUUUAUUCAUGUUUCCUCCAAUAGAGGAAAAGACUGAAAAUGAGGAUCAUUGCUCUGCAACACUUUGCUUUUUUUGCAGCAACACCUCACUGAACUGCCUUUUAUUUCAGUUUUUCUAGAUGGACUGCCCAUGCUGAUAUAAUAAGAGGCUAUAUAAAUGUUUAUGUUAAGCUAAUCGUGGAGUUAACGUUUGAAACAGAACCUAUAUUCACACUUAUAAGGUCAAGUUUUAGUUAAGAAACCUGAUUGUUUCUACACACUGUACAUAGUUUUUUGUAUUGCUGAGGAAUGAAUAAAUUAUAGAUGACUUUGACACUAAUAA